UGUAUUGUUUUAUUUCUCUGUCCAGAUGCCAACUCACCUGAGGGGCAGGGCUUCUGUCAGGCCGGAUUCAGCGUCGACUUCCUGAAGAAGAACAGAGUGGUGGUGGGAGGACCAGGCAGCUUCUACUGGCAGGGUCAGUUGAUUUCUGACGAUCUCUCUGAGAUCUUUGCCCAAGUUGAUGGAAAGUACAUCACUCCGUAUGGACACACCCUCACCACCAAGUCAGCCAGCGCUCAGUACGACGACAGUUAUUUAGGAUACUCUGUGACGGUCGGAGACUUCAACGAAGACGGAGAAGAAGAUUACGUGACCGGAGUACCUCGAGGAGACAAGGCUCUGGGCUAUGUGAACAUCUUCAAUGGCCUCAACAUGGAGUCCAUGGUGAACUUCACAGGAACACAGAUGGCGGCCUACUUUGGACACUCGGUGGCUGCUACAGAUGUUAACAGUGACGGUCUGGUAGAUCUGCUGGUUGGAGCUCCUCUCUUCAUGGACAGAGGCUCAGAUGGAAAACUGAGGGAGGUGGGACAGGUGUCGGUGUACCUGGGUCGAGGUAGAUUCUCCUUCCAUCCCCCUCAGAUGCUCACAGGGUCUGAGGUCUACGCCAGAUACGGCUCUGCCAUCACAGCACUGGGAGACCUGGACAUGGACGGGUACAACGAUGUGGCCAUCUCUGCUCCCUAUGGAGGCCCCGACCGUUACGGCCUGGUCUACAUCCACAAUGGUCGUCCUCAGGGGCCUGACUCCUCCCCCUCUCAGGUCCUCCAGGGAAAGUGGGCGUCCAGCUACAUGCCUGCUAGCUUUGGGUACUCCAUGACUGGAAACACUGACAUAGACCAGAAUGGAUAUCCAGAUUUAAUAGUGGGAGUGUUCGGAGCAGACAAAGCUGUUUUAUACAGAGCUCGUCCAGUGAUCAGUGUGAACGCCACGUUGGACAUGACACCUCAGAUCAUCAACCCGGAGGAGAAGACCUGCACACAUCCUGGUACCUCCACUCUGGUGUCGUGCUUCACAGUGAAGUACUGUCUGAAGGCCAGCGGUCAUGGAGCUCCAGCUACUCUCAAUUUUCGUGUAGACCUCCUAUUGGACCGUCUGAAGCAGAAAGAAGCGACUAAACGCGUCCUCUUCUUGCACAGUCGGACCUUCCAGUUCGCCAAGAACAUGACGGUGUCCAACGGGAAAGGUCCGGCCUGCGAGGAGCAGGAGGUCUUCCUGAGGGUGAGGAAAUGAAAUGCUUCACCCCUUCAAAAUAAGAGUAGAAACGUUUGUGUCUCUGUAGCUGAACAUGAACACUAAGCUUCACCCCCUCAAAAUAAGAGUAGAAACGUUUGUGUCUCUGUAGCUGAAC